CCCCUUUUAUUCCCUUCUUGGUGAUAUCCCUCGAUUCUUUGUGUUGCAUCUGCUUCAAAUCUCCUCUCCAUCUUUUCUUCUUUCGAAGUAAGGCUUAUUGCUCUCGACCAGUCGCUUCUGAACAUCGCUCUUGAUUGCCCCUCCAUCCACUCUUGCUUGAACAGUAGUGCCCACUGUGCAGUCAGUCACGGCCUCGACCUACAUAUCAUCAGUCACCAUGGCUCCCAAAACUCAUAUCUCCAAUGCGGAGAACUUAAAAAAAUACAUGGAACUCGACCAGCGGGGUAAGAUCAUGGCGGAAUACAUCUGGAUUGAUGCUUGCGGCGGUGUUCGAUCAAAAACCAAGACCGUCAACAAGGUCGUAAAAUCCGCAGACGAGCUUCCAGAGUGGAACUUCGACGGUUCAUCAACAGGUCAGGCUCCCGGAGACAACUCCGAUGUCUACCUUCGCCCCGUUGCCAUCUUCCCAGACCCCUUCCGACGAGGAGAGAACAUUUUGGUUCUCUGCGAGACCUGGGACAGCGAUGGUUCCCCUAACAAGUACAACUACCGCCACGAGGCCGCUCGGUUAAUGCGAGCUAAUGCCCACGAACAUUUCUGGUUUGGUUUGGAGCAGGAGUACACCCUCCUUGGCCCCGACGGCUGGCCAUAUGGCUGGCCCAAGGGUGGUUUCCCAGGCGCCCAGGGACCAUACUACUGUGGCGUUGGUACCGGCAAGGUCCACUGCCGUGACAUCGUAGAGGCCCACUACAAGGCCUGUCUCUAUGCUGGCAUCAACAUCUCUGGCAUCAACGCCGAAGUUAUGCCUGCUCAGUGGGAAUACCAGGUUGGCCCCUGUGAAGGCAUCGACCUCGGUGACCAGCUCUGGAUGUCUCGUUUCCUCCUCAACCGUGUCGCUGAAGAAUUCGGUGCUAUCAUUUCAUUCGCUCCAAAGCCCAUUCCUGGCGACUGGAACGGUGCUGGUCUCCACACCAACGUUUCCACCGAGGCUAUGCGUAACGAGGGCGGUAUGAAGGUCAUCGAGGCUGCUAUGAAGAAACUCGAAACCCGCCACUUCGAGCACAUUGCUGUCUACGGUGAAGGUAACGAAGACCGCCUCACCGGACGCCAUGAAACCGGCAGCAUCGACAAGUUCAGCUGGGGUGUUGCCGACCGUGGUGGCAGCAUUCGCAUUCCUCGCCAGGUCGCCAAGGACGGCAAGGGAUACUUUGAAGACAGAAGACCCGCCAGUAAUGCCGAUCCUUAUCAGAUCACCGGCAUUAUUGUCGAAACUCUCUGCGGUGCUUCUUAAAUCUUGUCCUUUGCUUUCCCUUUAUACCCCACUGGCGUCACGAUUGGCGACUAGGCAUGAGUGUCAAUCACUUAUAAUUAGACUUGUUUCGCUUUUUGUUAUGUAUAUUUCUCACCCCACACGUUUUUGCCCUGACACCCAUGAUCACAUUUAUUCUUAACCCAUACACUCCAUCUUCCCCUCCUAAUCAUUGUGUCCCCACUUUGUUAUUCUUUUCCCCGAUGUGCAGAUUCGAUCUUUUGACCGCGCUUUGCGUUUUUUUGAACUGCGCUCUGACGGUUCCAUGCCAAGCAUGUUCCCAGAUGAGCCAUGUUCCUUUUCAAUCUUUUUUUCCUUUUUUUUUUUUUGAAAGAAGCCCACCGUGGCUGGAUUCAAGCAAAGAAAGAAAAAAAAAGGAACCGAGAAUUACUGGAGAAAUACCAAAUUGCAAUCACUUUCGGUGGGAAUGUGAAUUCUAUCGACACGAGUAUUGCUGGUAAACAUCUAGUAAACACUCGCGGAGUACUAUUCGAGUACGCAUGCCACUGGGUCUCCCAAACGCAGAAUCGCCCAGUCGAUCAAUCUGGCAUCCUUUUUCGAGGUUUCAUGACUGUUUUGAGUAUAUAUAUACAUAUCAUGCAUUGGGAUGGUGGUGCAUGUCUGGUGCGCGGUUUGUACUUCUAUCACUACAUGGGACACUAGGUUGUUGGGAGUUUGUGCUGGAUCUUAAUCAACUUGAUGGAAUUGUGAUUCCUCAGAAUAUCCUGAAUUCAACCAUUGCGCCACAAGAGCUCUUCGGUCUGGUUUAAUUUUCAAAAUGUGCAAUCUUCAUGCAGAUAAUGACGGGUCACUUCUGCAAUUUGCCCGUGGUAGCCAUGGUGAUUGAGAAGUUUGUUCGUAGUAGGAUGAUUCGAUCUCAUCAGC